CCUCGUCAAUUUAGUUCAUUUUACAAAUGCAGUCGAAUCUUCGAAAUGGAGAUGGAAAGUCUAAUUUUGGACAUCGAAUAUGCCAUACUAGAACAAAAUAUCGCACAGAUCAAUGGAUUAUUUCAAAAACUAAAGCUACGAGAUGAUAAUCAAGAGAUGCAAACAUUUAUUGACCAGCUCAAGGMUUUGGUGUGCUAUAUUUGUCGUGGUGAUUAUUCAACAGCUCUUCAAACGCAAGCAGUCAAGUAUUUUUUGAAAUCAGAUACUGCAUCUACUGAAGAGCUUGAUGUUUAUUUCAAAAACAGAAUUAAARAUUACGUACAAAGGGAUAACUCAUCAUUAAGGCAAUUAUUAGUGUUAUGUGUUGGUGUAGCAAGUUUAAGGAUUUUUGUGCAACAAAACUGGACAGGACCAGUGAAUGACAAUAUGUUUAUAGAGUAUCUCCCGGAACCAUAUUGUACUCAAUACAAGGAUGGUUCACUUCAGAAAACAUGUCUUAAAAGAAUACGGAAUGGAGAGAAUUUAUACCCAAAAUUAGAGAGUACUGUUGAACUUUUACUCUCCAAUAUUAUAUUGGUUGAGGAACUGGACAUGUUAUCAGAAGUUAAGUCAUCAUACAUCUGGAGUCUUCGCUGUCACACCUCAAAGCAGAGAGUGAUGGAUGAACAUUCUAAUAUYAUCAUGAAUAAAACAUUUGAACUUAUUGAAGUAAUUGAAAGAGAAUCAUUUCUCUCUGUGGAUAAAAACAGAUCGAUAGCCUGUCAGCUACAUUUAGAAAUAGGUCAUCUUUACAUCUACUACCAUGAAAUGACUAAAGCAAAGGACCAUUUUACCAGUGCACAGGCCUGUCUGGGAAUGAAGUUCAAUCUAUCAGGUGCUUUAGGUAAAAGGACAAAAUUCCAGGAAAAUUUCRUAGCGCAACUCAAGUUGGACGUAAAUCGUGAGGAAGCAGGUCAACAUGUGGAUCUCUUUUAUGAAACCAUUGACACCAGUACACUUCCAAAGAAUGUAUUUCUUGAUGACGAUCUUGUUUUGGAUAAAAUCAAGUUUAAAGACGAAUCGUAUGACACUGAAGAGUUUUCUUUAAACCCAUUAGAAACGGCAGUCAUUUUGUCAUUCUGCAUUUUGUCACAGAAGAGUCAAGCAACGCAUUUAUUGACGUCAGAAGAAUUGGUCGCUUACAUCGAGGGUGUUGUUAGAAUGCCUACGUCAUGGAUUGUACACACCGUAGCUCUACACAUACGCAGUAAAUUAGAGAAAGGAAGUCCUAGAAAGGUUGAACGCUCGAUGAUGCAACUUGAGGUUCUUGUCAAUGCACUGAAGCAAGCAGAGCCCAAGGUCAAUGUGCGUCAAAGCAUGUUUUAUUGUCUUCCUCUCCCACCCAAGUGGACUAUUCAGGAUGAUUUUGCGCAGGUGCUGAUGUCUUUGGGAUGUACGAAGACAGCAUAUGAUAUUUACCAAACACUUGAGAUGUGGGAAAAUGUCAUCAACUGCUUACAUUCACUAGGAAGAUAUGAAAAGGCUGAAAACUUGAUUCGAGAUCAGCUCAAGGGGCAAGAAACUUCCAAAUUAUGGUGUCUCCUUGGGGACGUGACAAAGGAUGAGUCAUGUUAUCAGAAGGCCUGGGACAUAUCUAAUCACCGAAGUGCACGUGCCCAAAGAUCCCUGGGACUUCUUUAUCUGAGAUCGAAGCGUCAUGCUGAAAGUAUCCCUUGCUUCCAAGCUUCCCUGGAGAUAAAUGCCCUCCAGGAAAACAUCUGGUUUUCUCUUGGAUGUGCYGCGAUGUCUAUAGAAGACUGGGAACUAGCAAAGAAAUCAUUCCAUCGAUGUGUCGCGCUCGAUUCCAGUAAUUCAAAGGCUUGGAAUAAUCUUGCAAACGUGUAUGUUCAUCUCAAUGAGAGACCUAAAGCUCAUGCAGCACUUAAGGAGGCACUUCGCUAUGAAUUCAACAACUGGCAAAUGUGGGAAAACUACUUAGUGAUCAGUACUCAGAUUCGCGCAUUUUUUGAAUCUAUAUUUGCUUUUCAUCAAUUAAUGGACAUUAAAGAAAAGUACAAGGAUGUGGAGAUACUUGGAUUACUAGUAAAAGCUGUUAGUGAAGGGAUAGAAGACAACAAAGGGAAGUCAGCUACAAGACUUCGUACUGACCUGCUGAAACUGAUGGGAAGAAUUACGAGCAAGAUCACUAACGACCCUCGUGUAUGGUCACUGUAUUCUAAGUUGUAUUUAAUGACGGACUCUUCAGAAGACAAGGAAAAGGGCUUGAAUUUUCUCAUGAAAGCUUACCGACUAACAAGUCAAGCAUCGAAUUGGGAGAGCGACGUAGAAAGGUUCAGUGAAGUCAUUGAUAUGACUUUAUACAUCAGCGAAGUCUCCACUGAAGUAAGCAAAAGUAAAGCCAGCAGUCAGCAAGCCAUUCAAGUGCUCUCUUCCGCUAAACUUAUAAUGAAACAACUCAUCGUAAAAGCAGAAAAGCAUCACACAGAUUCUGUUACCGGCGAAUUGGCAAGUGAUAUCGCAGACAACAUCAACAAACUAAAGGGUGAACUUGUCAAGAAAGUGGAAGAAAUAGAACAUUGUAGACUUUCACUAUCUUAAUUAUCAUUGUUAGACUUUCAAUUUAUUAWACUUUUAAAGAAACUCAAGAUGGCG